AUGUGUGCCCCGUCGCCGUCGCCCCGGGUGCCGGAGGAAUCGCCGGCGGCACCGGCUGAGGACACGCCCACACCGCUGGAGCCAUCGUCGCGGGAGCCACGGGCUAAAGUGGUCAACGUCGACUACUUUAAGCUGCUGCUGAAACCGAUCUAUGAAGGAGCCAACGGCAUUAUUUACCGUGGCACCGAUGCCGCCAAACUGCAAAAGCUCACUCUCAAACGGGUAAAACACCGGCCUCAAGAGACCGACGACGAGUACCGCCGGUUGUUUGACCGCGAAUACAACAUCAUGGCCAAUUGUUGCAAUCGCAACGUCAUCACGGUGGUGGAUCGGGCUGUGCUCACCGACCUGGACGACGAAGUGCUUGUGCUCCCAUACUUUGCCAAAGGCGAUCUUUUGGGCUACAUGUGUGAUGUACGACGGUUCCAGCACCAGAUCCCUCCUCAUGUACUUGAUCUGGUAUUUAAACAGGUGCUCAAGGGGACUAAGUAUCUUCAUGAUCAAGGCAUUGUACAUCGCGACCUUAAACCGGAAAACUUCCUCAUUGAUGAUCUGGGCAUUAUCAAGAUCAGUGACUUUGGCUAUGCUCUUGACCUUAAAGGACAAUUUCCUUACAUGCACGACCACCUGAAUGACGUGUUUGUGGGGACGCCGCUGUUCAAAGCCCCUGAGCUCUUUAUAUGGGAGGCUGACGUGGAGUCCAAUCAAUUCGACCUCGAAGCAUUCAUUCCGCGGAUCAAGAACGACCCCGAAUUAUUGAAACGGCUUGAUUAUUGGAGUUUGGGUAUCAUAUACAUCCAAAUGAUAUCGAUGAAAGUGCCUUGGGACGAGGCUAAAGUCGACAAUUACGCCUACUCUAAGUACGCCGAAAACUACCCACGCCUGCCAGGACUGGUAAAGCAGGUGUUGUCGAAGUUAAAUGACAAAUACGAGCGGUUUUCAGGAAAUCCUGGCCUUUCAUUAUUUAAGGAGAUCCAUUACGAUCUGCGGCCCUACAUCUUAGGCUUACUCAAUCCUGAUCCAGUGAAACGGGCUAGGAUUGCUGACGUGUUGGAGUCCAAAUGGAUCGCUGGCACUUGGGCUAAGCCUGCUGAGCUUUUACAAAAGCCUCUGACCAAGUCGUCCUAUUAA